AUGUCAAAUCUGAGUGUUGUGACAACAUUCAUCCUCAUGGGAAUUCCCCAUGCACCAGCCCUGGAUACCACCCUUUUUGGAAUCUUCUUAGUGAUUUAUGUACUCACGGUGAUAGGGAACCUCCUCAUCCUGCUGGUGAUCAGCAUGGAUUCCCACCUCCACAUCCCCAUGUACUACUUCCUGGCCAACCUGUCCUUCCUUGACAUGUGUUUAUCCACAGUCACUGUGCCCAAAAUGCUAAUGACUUUCAUCACCCCAGGGGGCAGGGAUAUCUCCUUUUACAGUUGUGUUUCCCAGCUCUAUUUCUUCCACUUUCUGGGCAGCACUGAGUGUUUCCUCUACACAGUCAUGUCCUUUGAUCGCUACUUGGCCAUUACUUAUCCGCUCAGAUACACAAGUAUGAUAAGCGGAAGAAAGUGUGCCAUCCUGGCAACCAACACGUGGCUCAGUGGCUCGUUUCACUCUGCAGUCCAGACAAUAUUGACAUUUCGUUUGCCCUAUUGUGGGCCCAACCAGAUCCAGCACUACUUCUGCGAUGUGCCACCCAUUCUCAAACUAGCCUGUGCAGAUACCUCCACCAAUGAGAUGGUGAUCCUUGUCAACAUCGGAUUGGUAGCCUCCGGCUGCUUCUUCCUGAUAGUGCUUUCCUAUGUGUCCAUUGUCUGCUCCAUCCUGAAGAUCCGAACCACCGAGGGGAGACUCAAAGCCUUCCAGACCUGUGCUGCCCACUGCAUCAUGGUCCUCUGUUUCUACGUUCCCAGUGGUUUCAUAUAUUUGAGGCCAGGCUCCAAGGAUACUGUAGAUGUGGUAGUGUCCAUUUUCAACAGUGUGCUGACAUCCCUUCUAAACCCUCUUGUGUACACCCUGAGAAACAAGGAAGUGAAGAGAGCUCUACUCAAGUUGAGAAGUGUGUCAGUAUUUAAGCAGAGUAAAUAG